AUGGAUUUAGGAUUUUCAAAAUUAAUCAAUAACAAUUCCAUGUAUACUAAUUAUUAUUCACCAAUUCAUAAUAAUACAUCCAAAUUACCUUAUUCAAUCACUGAUCCAUUCAUUCAUUAUAAUACUAAUACUGAUAUAUCAUCAUCAACAACAACGACAACAACAGCAACUAUGUUAAAUGAACAAACUAUGAAUGAACAAUUAAAUAAUUAUUCAUCCAAUGAUAUGUCAAUGAAACGAUUGAAAUUAGAUCCUAUUCAACAAUCAAUUGAAUAUGAUUCAUCUAGAAAUUGUAAUAGUACAAAUUCUAUUGUACCAUGUGAUUUACGUGCUGACAACAAUGAAAUCAAUUAUGAUAUUAAUCAUCAAUUAAAUGUAAAUAAUAAUACACAAUCAAUGCAUAAUAAUAAUAAUACAUUAGAACAUGUAUCACAUGUUACAAAUUAUAAUUUUUGGCAUAAACUUAAUUCUUAUCCAAUAUUCCCUUAUCAUCAUACUAUGACUACUCAUAACUCCACUAAUACUACUACCACUACUACUACUACUACUACUACUAAUAAUAAUAAUAAUAAUAAUAAUAAUAAUCACAUAUCGAAUUAUUAUGAUCGAUAUAUGUAUAAUACAGCAUUUCGAUAUCCACAUCCUUCAAAUAAUUCUGCAUACAAUUUAUCGAUAUUCCCACCCUAUCCUGCAACUGGAGUGCCAUCUAAUUAUUACCACCAUCAACAACAACAACAACACAGUCAACUAGAGUCGAAUAUCAUGUUAGAUUCGAAAUUGUCAAAUACAUUCCCUUCAGUUAUUAAUGUAUCACAGACAUCACAUUCACCAUUAAUUACAAUGAAUGCAAACACUACUAAUAAUUUACAUAUAAGUAAUGCUUUAUUUUCAUCUCAUGUGAAUAGUAAUAAUGUUAAUGCAUCAACUGCAAUUGUUAAAAAUACCUUUUCUACUAUAUCGUCUGUGAUUACGUCAUCUAUUACGGAUAGUCAUACCGAUACCAUUAAUAGUAAUCAUUGUAAUCAGAAAAAUUUAAAACGAAAAUCAAUAAAUAAUUAUGAUUAUAAUAUAAGAUUACAAGAAGAUAUAAAUAAAAAUAAAUCGGUUAAUAAUUUAUAUGAAGCAUCAAAUAUGUUAAAUGUUAAUAAUGAUGAUGAUUUAAUUGAUAGAAAACAUGAAAAUAAUGAUGAAUUGCAACAUUCACCAACCUCAUCAUCAAUGGAUUAUUUCUCUCAAACAAAUUCUAUUUCACCACAAGAAGAUAAUGUAUCACAAAUAAAUGUUUACAAUAGCAAUAAUGAUAAUAAUAAUAAUAAUACUGAUAAUAAUAGUAAUAUUAUCAUAAAAAAUAAAAAAAUACGUAAACCGCGUACAAUUUAUUCCAUAUGGCAAUUACAAAUGUUAAAUCGACGUUUUGUUCAUUCUCAGUAUUUAAAUUUAACAGAACGUGCAAGUUUAGCAUCACAACUUGGUUUAACACAAACACAAGUUAAAAUCUGGUUUCAAAAUAAGCGUUCAAAAUUGAAGAAAAUUCUACGUCAAGGACAAGAUCCUACAGCAUUUCUUAAUGGAACAACGAAUGAUACACCUGAAGAUGAUCAAAUGGGAAGUGAUUAUGAAGAAGAUUCACAUUCGUUGAAUUGUGGCGACACAUCAAAAUUAUCUUCCAAUCAAAUUGAAUACAGCAGUCAUCAUUCACGUAUUCCACACUCCACACAGUCAAAUCCUCAACAUUUUCAUUCAAUUAACCAAAAUGAAGAUUUAGAAUUCAUUAAAAAUAGAACACAUGAAAUGAAUAACUUCCAGAAGAACACGGGAAGAACUAAUGAUUAUGAUAAAGGAUAUUUUCCUUUAAAUAAUAGUAAUACAAGUUAUGAGUUAUGUUUAAAGUCAAAAAUCUCACCUCAUUCUAAUGAACCAGUGAAUCAAUUAACUCAUGAUGAUGAAGCUAUCAAAAUUCCUGCCCAUCAAUAUUUAACAUAUACGGCACCUAAAUUAACCAAUGAACACCAAUCAAAUACUUUUAUUCAAGCUGAAGAUCACGUACCAGCUAAUAAUAUUCAAAAUCAUUUAUUAACUGAACAAUCAAAUAAUGUAAGUUGUAAUCUUUCGUCACAUUCCCUUUCUCAAUGUAAUACUCAUUCAUCGAAAUCUUCAUCACCAUAUUCUGAUGGUAAACAACAAAGUUAUUCUGAAAAUAUUCAUAAUGAAGAACAUAAUUCAUGGUCUUCAUCACUUCCUACCAUUCAACAAAUAUCUAAUAUAGACGAGAACUAUUCAAAUUUACAAAAGAAACCUGAUUGUUCAACAUAUCAUACAAAUCCUAGUUGGACUCCUGUGAACAAUCAAUCAAUUCAUGGUAAAUCUGAUGAGAUUAAUGUUGAUGUUCCAUUGCCACAGUCAUGGUUACCAAGUUCAAUGAAAACUUAUCAACCGGAAAUUUCAAAUACAUUAUCUACAGAAGAAUGUAAAUUAUUCACUGAACAUCAAGAUUCAGUUAAUCAAUGGUGUAUUGAUCAACCUAAUUUAAAACCACAAGCUGAAUCGACUAUCAUUGAAGUUCCAUAUGAAUAUACUUAUUGA